AUGGCGGAUCUUGCAGUGAGCUUGGCCAAGUCGGUGGUGGAGGGGGCUGUGACCAAGGCCCUGGCGGCGAUCGAGGAGGAGGCAGCUCUGCGGCAGAGCACGCAGAACGACCUGGCGUUCAUCACCGGUGAGUUCCAGAUGAUGCAAUCAUUCCUCAAUGUCGCAGAUGAGGAACGCGUCAGGAACAGCGUGGUGAGGACCUGGGUGAGACAGGUCCGUGACCUCGCCUACAACGUGGAGGACUGCAUCGAGUAUGUGAUCCACCUUGACAAGGCGCCAGACUGGUAUUGCCGCUGCAUCCCACGCUUCAUCAGGCCGCAGCUGCCGCUGGACAAGGCGGUCGCUGAGAUAAAGCUGCUCAAGGUCAGGGUUGAGGAGGUGAGCCUUCGGAACAUGCGCUACAACCUCAUCAGUGAUUCAGGUUCCAAGCCCGUCACGCAGCAACAGUUGGCGCCUGCUGGUGCUUCUGCCGGUACCACAACGAUUGCCAUGCUCAACAAAGCAAGAGAUACCACAAAGAUGCAGCGGGGAUUAGGAGAUCUGACAAAGCUGCUGAUCACCAAGAAACCUGGUGGAGAUCUUGGAGUGAUCUCGGUGUGGGCAGCAGGUGGCAAUGCUGCUGAUACCACACCCAUCAUCAGGGAGGCCUAUGGGGAACCAGAAAUGUGUGCAAGCUUCGGAUGCCGUGGCUGGGCAAAGCUGACGCAUCCUUUCAGUCCCCAUGAGUUCCAGCGGAGUUUGCUGAUUCAGUUCCAGCCUUGCAUACAAAAUGAGACCGACGAAUAUGUUAAUAUCCUCCAGAGAUUGGAGGCGGCCUCUGAAGGGGAACUUGUGCAUGACUUCAUGAAGAUAAUGAAACAGGAGAGGUACCUGAUUGUCCUGGAAAACAUCUCCAGCAUGGUAGAUUGGGACACCGUCAGAGCUUACCUGCCUGACAGCAAAAAUGGCAGUUGGAUCAUCAUUUCUACGCAGCAAUCUGAAGUGGCGAGGCUGUGUGUGGGAGAUCCAUGGCAAAUGUUCGAGCUUAAACAGAACUCUGCUGAACACUCCGUAUGUGUCUUCUUCCAGGAGGGUUCACAAGGCAACAACCUAGAUAAAAGCAAGCAAACCACUAUGGUGAUCCCCAACCACAACGAGGCAUCAUCAUCAAUGAAUGAAGUCAGACAUAAGGGUGGCUACGCCUUGUAUACCAGCGUCCCCACCUCAAAAAACAAUGCUGAUAUGUGGAUGGAACGAUUCCCCCUAGUUGGUGUACGCAAGUCACAGAUGGAUGAUCUUCGUGGCUAUAUAGCCAGGGCGCGUGUCAAGGGUUUUGCAGUGGUAUCUGUGUGGGGGAUAGCUGGUGUUGGAAAAUCAGCUCUUGUCAGAAACUUAUACUACAGCAUAAUGCGUGACAACAGAGGGAACAAAUUGUUUACCAUGUACGGUUGGGUGGAUGUAUACCAUCCGUUCAAUUUAGCAACCUUUGCUUGGAGCUUACUUUCAGAACUUCAGUCAGAUUCUUCUCAGCAAAAUGGAAUCAGCAAUCCCAUUCAAGAGUGUCGUGAGCUUCUGGAGAAUCAUCACUGCCUUGUCGUCAUAGAUUGUUUGCAAUCCACAGAAGAGUGGGAUCUAAUACGAGAUUCCAUGGUAUCUACUCAUUCUAGAAGCAUUAUCGUUGUGAUUACAACAGAAGCAAGCAUAGCCACACAUUGUUGUGCAAAUCGAGAAGAGGCCGUGUACAAUGUCAAAAGUCUAGAAGACGAUGAAGCACGUGAUCUCUUCAAAAAGGAGGUAGACAUAUUUCCAGAUUCGUCUGCUUUAAGAGACUCUGAAGACCCGGAGUUGGGAAAACUUAUUUCAAAGUGUGGUGGACUUCCCAAACUAGUAGUUGCUGUAUCCGACUUUUUGGCACCCAUGUCAGUCAGCUGGAUGAACAGCGCGGUCAAUCUGAGUGACAGAUUUAUACAUGAUAUGGAGACUAAACCAGAAUUUGAUAACUUGCGUGGACUAUUUGGUUGGAUGCAUUCCUACUUCUUUACUUGCCCAGAUUACCUCAAGCCAUGUAUCCUCUACCUGUCAAUUUUUCCGCAAGGCCAAAGCAUUCGCCGGAGGCGUCUAGUGAGGCGGUGGAUCGCAGAGGGUUACUCAAGGGGCACGUCCAGCCUGUCGGCUGAAGACAAUGGGGAGAAAUUCUUCUCGCUGCUCCUUGAUCUGAGUAUCAUCCAGCAGGAACCACAUUCAGUCACCACUGCAGAUACAAGAAUGGUCUUGUGCAAGGUCAACGGCUUCUUCCGUGAGUACAUCAUAUCAAGGCGAAAGGAUGAGGAACUUGUCUUCGAACUGGAGGGCAGGUGCACAUUGACCAGUCAGCGCACAGGACGGCACCUGGUCAUAAAGGAAAGCUGGGACAGAGACAUGAUUGUGUUCAGUAGUAUUGACUUCUCAAGGCUGCGCUCCCUCACUGUGUUUGGAGAGUGGAAGCCCUUCUUCAUCAAUGAAACUAUGAGGGUGCUCCGGGUGCUUGAUCUCGAGAAUGCAAAAGGGGUGACAUAUAAAUACCUCGGGCAGAUGCUGAAGGUGCUUCCUCGCCUCAAGUUCCUCUCUCUUAGAGGAAGAAGAGAGAUCUGCUGUCUGCCAAGUUCAUUUGCUGGGCUGAGGCAGCUUGAAACUCUGGAUGUCAGGGGCACCUCCAUAGCCACUUUGCCGCCAUCCAUUACCAAGCUUACCAAGCUGCAGUACAUCCGUGCUGGCAAAGGUAAGGAAGCAUCAGUACCAUGUUCUCAUUUGUCUUGGUUGCCUAGCUGCUGCAGAGGUUGUCCUGUAGGUGGUGUUGAGGUGCCUGCAGGGAUUGAGAAACUUACAGCCUUGCACACUCUUGGUGCUGUUAACAUUGGUUUUUCAGGGGGCAAGGCCAUCCUGAAAGAGCUCAAGAAGCUCACCCAAUUGCACAAGCUCGAAGUGACUGGCGUCAACAAGAAAAACAGCAAUGACUUCUGUUCUGCCAUCUCAGACCAUGUUCAUUUUGAAUCCUUGUCAGUGUGGCUCAGCAUGGGCAAUAAUCAACAUUUUUCGGAGGACAUGUUCCCAACUCAGGCGAAGCCUCUCGAAAAACUUCAGAGCCUUAAGCUAUAUGGUCCCCUAACAUCAGUGCCAGCAUGGAUCAAUGUUCUUCCCAAGCUCACAAAGUUGGAACUGGAGGUAACCAUGUCUGUACAAGAUGAAGUAAAUAAUGUCCUUAGAGUCCUUGGGGAAAUUAAAGAACUGUGUAUUCUGCGUCUCUGUGCCAAACCGCUUCAAGAUGGUGACGGUAAUCUUGAUUUUCGUUUCUUGGUGGCUGGCGUGCAUGAUCGCUGUUACAGAAUGGUUAAGAUCCUCGAGAUUUCUUGCAGCUCCAAUUUAACUGUCACCUUCGGAUCACAUGCAAUGGAAAAUCUUGAGCUUCUGAUAGGUACAUGCCGUAUUGGGUCGGUGUUGAAGUUCGCUGAGCUAAAGAAUCUCUCUGUAGGAAAACUCAAGGAGGUGAGGUAUUUGGGUUCCCUUGACAACACACUUAAGCGAGACAUGGAGAAUCAACUCAAUAACCAUCAUAAGAAACCUGCUUUGAACCAUACUCCUGAUGGACACUGA